AACCUUCUCCGGUCCGAAAUGUUGCCCUCAAGACUUUUUCGUAACACAGGCAUACCGCCCCCACUCCGAGCCCUCAUUACGCCACAUCCUUCUCUACCUUCUUCAAUCGCGGUUCAACUCCGCCUGCGAUUGGCUGUGCGACCAGACUCGAUUCUUGGGGCAGGCCAACGUCUGGCGCAAUAUUCUACUCCAGCAGUUGCCGAGCCCCAAGCAGAAUCUCAAAAGGUCUCAACUCAAGCAGCAAUAGCCCCUCGGCUGUCGCUCACUUUCACUUGCACUGCGAAUGACUGUGGCGAGCGGAGUACACAUGAAUUCUCGAAGCAGGCCUACGAGUCAGGUAUAGUGCUCGUUCAGUGCCCCAAAUGCGAUGUCAGACAUCUGAUCGCUGAUCACAUUGGCUGGUUCAAGGAGAGCACCGAGGACGGCACACUGCGCACGGUAGAAGACCUCUUGCGCGCUCGUGGAGAGAAGGUAACAAGGGGAACGGUCGAAUACACGCCUCCGUAA